UCUCUCUCUCUCUCUCUCUCUCUCUCUCGCUCUAUCGCUCCGUCAGUGUAUCUCGUUCCGUACGCAGGGGACUAACGUCGACGUUCCGUUUCAUUCCCCCGCAUACGUAGAGAAGUAUAACCAAUAUACGCGUAUAUCUGCGCUGUGAUAACCCGGGGAUAUUAUUGCCCCGUUGUCCCCAGUGAAGGAUUGUGCCUCGGGAAGAGUGUGCGCCUCGCGGUGAACCAGGUGGUCGCCGCAAAUGAGGCCUGACGAGGAAGAUUGACGAUCGGGAACGAAGGAGGGUUCAGAGACGGGACACCCCGAUGGCUGCUGCCGUCGUUGGCGGUUGGGGGCUUCUUGCGCUGGCCAUACUCACCCUGGCCACCCCGAGUCCUGCAGCCAUUCGAAAAACCGAGAGGGACCAUUGCAAUAAAACUGUGGACAUUUACGAAGACGUCUCCAGCCCCGCGGUGACAGCCGCUACUUGGGGUCGACCCUUGACCUGCUGGUAUCGCUUUCGGUCAUUUCGCGGGACGCCCCGAGAGUGGAUUCUUCGUGUACGUUUCAAAAAAUUCAAGGUCGGCGUUUUGGCAAACGCGACAACAUGCGUCGGGGGAUUUUUGCAGAUCAUCGAUGGAAACGCGAAGACGGAGGUUAGCAACAGAAAGGACCCGGGAGUUUUCUGCGGAGAGUCGGAGCAGCCGCAGACUUUCAUAUCGGAGACGAGUUUCGUGCGGGUUCUCUUCCACGCGGAAAAUUUCACGGAUCAAACCUACUUCAGCUUCGAUUCACGGGCUGAACAGCAGACCGAGGUCUAUCUCAGGUACGGUCAGCACCCCGAGCUCUACCCGAACCGACGCGGCGAGGUGGUGCCCGGAAGCUACUGCGAGCGGGUCUUCAAGGACUGCAGAUUGCAGACAUGCUACGUCCAGAGUCCGGCAUACCCGGGGGUUUAUCCCCGCGCCCUGCACUGCAAGUACCGCCUGAACACCAGGCUCCCCUUCAUAAAGCUCUACAUCGAGAACGAGGAGUUCAACAUAGACGGGCAGCGGUGCGAGAACAUAAUGACCUGUCCCAUGCGCCCGAUAAGCUCAGGCUCCCAGCACUGUCCCUACGACUACAUCCGCGUCUUCGACGGCAUGAACGAGACCAGUCCGGUGAUCGGUACCUUCUGCGGAAUGGGGAAGUUCCCCUACAGCAUCAUUGGCACGAGCGAGGACCUCUACGUUGAGUUCGUGUCCUCGCCGGCUGGACCGUUGCUGAACACGGGCUUCCACUUCAACGUCGGGAACUGGCCCGGCCACGUCGAGACCGCCGGGGUGAAGAACGGCAGCUGCGACUGGUUGCUCAGCAGCGAGACCCUCGGUGCUGGUGAGGGGAUAUUUCUGUCGGUGGCUCACUGGUAUCCGCCUCACACGAGCUGCACCUACUUGCUGAAGGGCCGUCCGGGGGAAAUCGCAAGGCUUUACUUUCCAAGCUUCAGGGUGAACCGGAUCGAGUCACCGAUCCAGCUGUACGACGGGGACUGCGGCGAGAGCCUUACCCUCUACGACGCCGACUGGCCGGACGACGCGAGGAUCAUAAAGACAUUCUGCGACACGUUCAGCAGGCCGAUGGAAAAGCACGACUUCGUGUCGACUUCGAACGCUCUGUUCGUCAGGUUCGAGAGCAAGACCGGAAGCUACUCUGGUAGUUCGUUGUACUACUGGGCUCACUACGACUUCUUCAACGCGACAAAGUUCGGCGAGGCUGUGCCGAACACCGAGUGUGACGAGACCUUCGCAGCGUGGAAAGCCCAGAGUGGCUACCUCCGAUCACCGCUCAACACCCUCGUCUACAAACGUCCCGGCGAUCCGCCGAACGACCUGACCUGCACCUACAGCUUUGUCACCGACAAGCGGCUCUUCGCUCGCGUCAUACUGACCGUCGAGGCCGUCACCUUCAAGGAUCAUCCUUACGCCCAGUGCGGAAUGUGCUGGGACAGCCGGGCCGAUCGGAUCAUCGUUAAAGAGCCGCUACCAGGGUCCGGAAAAGGGAGCUGCGUUUGCCGGCUGGGAAACGGCUCGCCGCCCCUCAGGAUCGUCUCCCGGGGUGAAAAGCUCGAUCUGAAACUCUUGGUGGACGGGGCCCAUGCCGCGGCCAGCUACUUCAAGCACUCGUUUCCGCUAUUCGAGGCCAAGUACGAGUUUGCGCAUAGUCCGCUAUGCGGACCGGCCCUUUUUCCCGCGACCACCGACGGCGAGAUUGAAUUUCCCCAUUACGAGGCCCUCGGCUACGUGACUCCUCCACGCUCGAUCAAGUGCAUAUGGGAGCUACGCGUAAAUCCGGAACGAGACCUGUGGCUUCACUUCGACAAGAUAAAGUUCGCCUCGCGUUCGUGCGAGGACGGCAAGCUGGAUAUAUUCCUGCCCGGAAUGACCGAGCCGUACCUCGGUAUCUGCGGGGAGAACGUCAGCGUCGUCAGGGAGAUGCCGAUCCUCUCGGCCGCGCAGCUAGGCCCCGUCGGGCCCAUUUCCGAGAGCCACGAGGACGAACCUCCCGCCGUCAUAAUCCAGUUCACCGGGUCGAUGGCGCCCGCCCGAGCGGCCUUCAAGAUCGCAUGGACGGAGCUUUUCCACCUGCCUCGCGACGAAUCCGGAGCUAUAAAAACCCUGAAGCUCGAGGACUGUGGCUUUCGGUGCCCCGGUGAUGCCGUAUGCAUCUCGACCCGCCUUCUCUGCAACGGCGUCGUCAACUGCCCGACGCCGACCGGCACCGCCUUCAACGCCAGCUUCCCCGAGGCCGAUGACGAGUCCCCGCAAACUUGCGGAGGGCCCGUUGCCGCCGAUGGAAGCGGCGUCGUUGGGCCCGCCGGUUGGGCCGGGGCUGGACUCGGUGCCGGACUCGCCGCGCUUCUCGGACUCGCGUGCUUCGUUGCUGUUUGUCGACUCUGUCGACGCCGCGGAAGGUCUAGGGAUAUUCACGUACCUUACUGAUCAUCGGGAUACCCUCAUCCUUGUACAACGCGAACGUAACGCCUUUGUCACGCGAUACCCUGGAUGCGUGCCUAUAUGCCUGCCGUGAUGCCGUCGCGUCAUCGACACCCUGACGCUUGGCUCUUCAUCGGCACACUUUGCAGCACGGCAAUUGCGCUACAAACCGGAUUUCGUAUCGUACGAGUUGAUUUUUAUUAUUCCACAAAAGCAUACCGAUCUGUUGGGGUGUGUUCAUUGGGAUUGUCACUUUGCAAUGUGUCAUCUGGUGGGGUAAAAUCAAACCGAUGCAACCAGGCUGACAGCUGACCGUUGACCGUAGUUUUUCGCGUGUGGAUAGUAGAACAGGUAUAUUAUUGAUUAGGUUUAAUUAAUUUGUGUGACAUGAGUAAUUUAAAAGCUCAAGAAUUACGAUUAGCCUCCAUCAAAAUCAAAAACUCAGGUUAUGUGGUGAUGAAAUGGCGCCGAUAACCGGGUUCCGAAGUCAUGAGGACAUUUUCCAAUUCUGGGGUGAAAUUUGUCAACCCUAGUUUCUCCGAGUGAAUUGAUCCAAUUGCAGAUUCAAUUAAAUCGAGCAAUUGAAGCACUAGUCGAAUUUAAACUGGUGAGAGUGAUAAAAUCGGAGUAAGGAAAGUUUUUCCGAAGCAAUUGAAUCGUGAGAUUGAAGACCUUAUAAUCUUAUUCAGCUUGAUCUUCUCUUCUAUGAAACUUAAAUAUUUGGCUCGGUAAAAUUCGAAUCCGGCCUUGUUCAUUUUUCAGCGAGCUUUGAAAGCAGCGCAGGCGAGUUUUUAGCUCGGCUGGACGUGCUUUGUUAUCUUUCGUGUACCUAUUACAAGGCAGCAGAUAUCGACGACAUUCGUCGAUGACACAUUUUGUAGUUCACAGUAAUAAUCGAUCGUUGAGCGCACACAGUGUUGAUACCCGUAGGUAUAUAUAUACCUAUAGUACAUGUAUACCGGUAUAACUGGGAUGGUAUGAAUUAUGGAUGAAUCCGUGCGCGAAUACCGACUAAAAUAUGAGGACGCAGGGAAAUUUUUUAUUCAUUUUUCUUCGGUGUUCGUUUUGUUUCGUGCUUGGUUAUUUGUGCAUUUUUUUUUUUUUUUUUUUAUUUUUCACGUUCCUGCCGAGCAGCAACGAGAGAGGGUGAAAGAGAUGGGGCUUGGUUCGUUCAAAUUGUAAAUGAAAACACAUUUGUGAGUAUGUGACAUCUGGGACGGUCGUAAAACUUGCUCGUGUCAUAUGCGACUUUCGCAUCGACGUACGUACGUACACGUAUUGCGUAGGUAUACCUAUACGCAUACAGCCAUUUAUGAAAUACUGUAUUUUACCGAUGCAUUUGAGAUAGGUAUGCGUUCGCGUACGUGAGAAUAUGAAAUUUCGUUGAUGGGGGAGAGUUUGUGAAUUGUAUCGGUAUAGAAUCAGAAUACAACAAAGGAAACACGUGAUGAUUCUGAGUGAGUGUCUGUGUGUGUGUAUGUGUGAAAACUCACUGUCAUUAUACGUAUAUGAUCGUUCUGCAAUCAUGUUGAACGAUUUACCUGUAUACCCAAACCAAUGUAAACGAAGAAGGGCUGAAGCGAAGAAAAAUGGAAAGGUCGUAGGAAGAUUCGACGAAUGAAUGGACGUAAGAGGGUGUGAAAAAUGUCCGUGGUAUUCGCUUUAUGAAUUUUCUACGGCGUUUAACGAUCCCUAAUGGACCGUGAGGCUAAGCUCCUCGAUAUUGUAGCAGCAUGCCUACCUGUACCCUGGCCCAUAUAGAAGAGGGGAGUAAAUCGAGGACUGCUAAUGUCAAAUUUAUGCCCCGAAAGGCGGGCAAUAAUGAUUCGGGAAUCGAGCAGCAAUCAGUCGUCCUCGUCAGGUGAAUUUAUUCCCACCCUCUCUGUAUCCACGACAUUAAGCGCUACGGCGGGUUUGCACGGGGUGUGGGAGACGCGAUCAGACAAGCUUUUACGAGAAUUGUCAAUGCCUGACAAUGAGGAGAGGAGCAGCACCGGCUUAGCGCCACGGUAUUUCUAUUCCUUCAUCUUCACUGUCUUUUUUCCUGUUCUUUCGAAGCGACGGGUUUACAACAGCUGCAGAAAUUUGUGCGAAAUCCUAAAAAAAUUUCACGCUUGUAAAUAGCCAGUGUUUCUAGUAGAAUGUAGGACAAUCAUAGCCGUACACAGGAUAUUAUAUGUAUAAAUAAAUUAAUUAAUAUGCAAAUAUAAUAUAAAUAAUAUAUAUAUAAAUAUAUAAUAUAUAAAUUAUGUACGAUAGAUUAUACAAAUUAUAAUGUAACGGUGUGUAAUUACUCUUGUACACCAUUGUAACGAUAUGAUUAUUAUAUUUUUUACUAAUAAAUAACGAAGCGCGUUUACGGUGCGCCGUCGAGCCAGGUAAAUAAGUUA